UUAUAAAGCCUGCGGAUGCUGAGGUUGCUGAAGUGUGGAGUUGACACYAGAACGAGGCAGCAUCUGUCCAACGAGACAAACUGGUCAAACUCACCCAGCAGGAAGGAGAAGCUGAAAGUGAUGGAGCACUCCAAAACAACAAAGUACGGUUCAAACGAGAGGAAAGACUCCGGYGAGGACAGCAGCUCGGUGCUGAACGGACACUUUGACGCGCUGGUGAAGCGGCCGCCCGGCGGAGGCAGCGGCGGGCGGAGCACCGCCRCCCCGGCGGCGGAGCCCGGCUCGCACCGGCCGACCGCCUCGGUGAUGGAGAGCUGGAAGGAGGAGCGGACCAGGAGCGUGGAGGACAACGAGAUGAGCYUGCCGUCCCUGGCAGCCGCCUACACCACCAUCCUGCGGGGGCUCGGGGAGGACCCUCAGCGGCAGGGACUCCUCAAGACCCCGUGGAGGGCCGCCACCGCCAUGCAGUUCUUCACCAAGGGCUACCAGGAGAAAAUCAUCGACGUAUUGAACGAUGCCAUCUUCGAUGAAGACCACGACGAGAUGGUGAUUGUCAAAGACAUCGACAUGUUCUCCAUGUGUGAACACCACCUGGUGCCCAUCUUUGGACGGGUGCAUAUCGGUUACCUUCCCAACAAGAGAGUUCUGGGCCUGAGCAAACUGGCCAGGAUUGUUGAGAUCUACAGUCGUCGACUACAAGUUCAGGAGAGGUUGACCAAACAGAUUGCCGUGGCAAUCACCGAGGCCCUGCAGCCCACCGGGGUCGGCGUUGUCAUCGAGGCGACACACAUGUGUAUGGUGAUGAGAGGCGUCCAGAAGAUGAACAGUAAAACUGUCACCAGCACCAUGCUGGGAGUCUUCAGGGAAGACCCCAAAACCCGCGACGAGUUCCUGACGCUCAUCAGGAGCUGAGGCGAUGAAGCUUCUCCUCUUCCUCCUGUUGCCUGGAGUUACCUCCACCUGCAUGGACCAGCUGCCGUGCUACCUGUGUGUGUGUGUGUGUGUGUGUGUGUGUGUGUGUGUGUGUGUGUGUGUGUGUGUGUGUGU